CAUACUCAUUGUGCUUGUUGGUACACGUGCGCAUCAUGCCCUGGGCAAGCCCAGGUUGUAUCGCAACGGUUAUGAGAAGGUCGUUGAAUAAAAAAAGAAGAAAGAAGAUAUCACCGAGAGAUUAGGUGGGGGCGGUAAAGGCGGGUGUUUUGACGUGUUGCGGCUUUUGUUGCAAGGAAUUCUCGCGGGUUAUUGUAUACGGAUGGCACAAAAAUGCGAGUCGCAACCGAGACGUAUAAAAGUGCCACCGAUUUUACCCCGAGGCAUCAGUCUUCUGCCGAUCCUCUUGUGGACAAACAUGGCUGGCAAGUUCGUUGUACUCUUGGGAUUGGCGAUAUUCGGGCAAUGCUCAGUGGUACCUGCGGCGAUACCAGCUGUAGCAACUGUUCCUGCGGCAAAACUGGAGGAAUUUGACGCGACACCACAGUAUAGCUUUGCUUAUGACGUCCAAGACACUCUGACGGGUGACUCGAAGGCUCAGUAUGAAACAAGAAACGGUGAUAUCGUUCAGGGUAGUUACAGUUUGAUCGAAGCCGAUGGAACUCGACGUAUCGUCGAAUACACGGCUGAUCCCGUAAAUGGAUUCAAUGCCGUUGUUAGCAGGGAACCUGUCACUGCUUUAGCUGCUAUCGCCGCACCUUUUGUACCCUAUGCACCCGCUGUGUCACCUUCCGUUGCAGCUGCACCUGCUGUACCAACUAUUCCUGCGACUGGUCCGGAUUCGGACGUUGAAGUGGUUGAAGCUAGAACGGGACCUCUAAAGAACGCACCGGCUUCGCGCGAUUUCGAACUGCAACAACAGCAGCGACAACAGCAACUCGAACAGAUACGCCAACAACAACAACGCCAACAAGAACAACAGCAACAACAAUUGCAGCAGCUGAAACAGAUACAAGAACAGCAACAGCAGACACGCCGGCAGAUUCAACAACAAGUCAGACAAAAGCAACAGCAACAAGUACAGCACCAACAAGAAGGUGGUCAGCAAGAAGAACUAAAACAGGAGGAACAGCAGGAACAGAGAUUUUCACCUGUCAGAGCUCUCGCCAGUCCGGUUCAACUCCGAUUAGGACAGAUUGAAAACGCUCAACGAGGAUUAGUCCAAUUACCAGCGACAAGAGCUAUCGCUACUUAUCCCACCUACAAUGCUUACACGGCAGCAUACUCAUCGCCGUUUGCUUACGCGGCACCUCUUACUGGUCUUACUUAUGCAUCUGCACUCCUCUAAAACAUAUUGCUUAAUCUUGACUUUUACACGACUUGUCCAUCGAAUGAUAUAUUACUAUUAAAAUUUUAAUAAAUCCCUUGUAAUCUUCUGAAA